AUGGCUUCCACAGACUCUCUCCUCUUCACACCCUUAAAGUUCGGCAAGGUAGAGCUUAGCCAUCGAGUUGUACUAUCCGCUCUCACACGACUUCGCGCCGACAAGAAUCAUGUUGCAACAGAUCUGAUGAAAGAAUAUUACCUUCAACGCGCUUCCAUGCCAGGUGGCCUCAUUAUUGCUGAAUCGGCGGCAGUAGCUAAACACCACGGUGGCAUGGGCUACACUUCGGCUAUUUGGGGCGAAGAGCAUGUACAGGGAUGGAAGCCUAUCGUGGACGCAAUCCACAACAAGGGCAACUCCAUGUAUCUUCAGCUUAUGGCUUUCGGAAGAACGGCCCAGCCAGCAGAGGCUGAAGAAGAAGGAUUCACAAUCAAAGCACCCAGUGCCAUUGGUUUCGAAGGCGGUGCGGUACCUGAAGAAAUGACCAUAGAGGAUAUAAAGAGCACCAUCAACGACUACGUCCGAGCCGCCAAGAACGCUAUCCGAGCUGGCUUUGACGGCGUCGAGCUAUACGCUGCCAACGGCUAUCUUCUUGACCAGUUUAUCCAAGAUGUGAGCAACCAGCGAACAGAUGAGUACGGCGGUAGCAUCGAAAACAGAAACCGACUAGUAAUAGAAGUUGCCCAAGCCGUCUCCGACGCCAUUGGAGCAGAACGUGUCGGAAUCAAGCUGAGCCCGUGGUCUGACUUCCAGGGCAUGCGCAUGGAAAACCCAAUCCCACAAUUCACCGACCUCAUUCGCCGCCUCAAGGAUGUUGGUCUUGGCUACCUGAACUUGAUCGAGUCUCGCGUUUCGGGCAUCGACUACACAGAUGGGACCGAGAAGCUUGACUGGGCGUGGGCGCUCUGGGAUAAAGUGAUCAUUGCAACUGGUGGUUAUCUGCCAGAGACGGCGCUGGCGUUGGUGGAGGAGCACAAGGACAAGGAUAUUGUGGUUGCCUUUGGAAGGCGAUAUGUCGCCAACCCUGAUCUGCCAUUCCGUAUCCAGAAAGGCCUUGAGUUGAAUCCAUAUGACCGCAGCUCAUUUUACAAAGUGGGGGCUCCAGAUGGUCUUAUUGAUUAUCCAUUCAGCAAGGAGUAUCUGGCGUUGAAGAAUUAG